UCUUCUUUGUUUUUUGUAUAAAUGGUGGAUCGUCCUUAGGCGAAGAGGAUGAAACUCUCCUUUGCAGCGGAGAUGGAGCAAUUGAAGGCCGCUGCUAGGAGGGCUGCCCCCCAGGCGCUUGCUCCGCAUGCUCCUCCAGCUGGUUCCACCGGACCUUCUGCAGGGAGGUCGACGACGGGGCACACUCCCGAGGUUCCUCCGCCGACUAUGGAGGCGGGGGCAGGGGAUGAUCCUACAACAGAGCCGAGAGAUGCCGCAAUAGAAGUAGCUGUUGUGAUGGCUCCUGUGGUGCUCCAGGAGGCUGCUUUGGUUGUGGCGGCACGUGGAUCUUCUUCUUCGAGCAUGCCUCUAAGGGAGGUGGUCGACCUGAAAUCUUCCCCUGCCGACGCUGAGGAGGAACGGGCUGGGGCUGCUCCCAGGGCUGUUUUCGAGAACCAAAGCUUGGCCCUCGAUGGAGCCACGAUUGCGAGGACGUCGGCUCAUGCGCUUCUCCCGCGACAUAUGGCCUUGCUGGCCAGUUGGGGUCAUGGGCAUGUCCCUGAGGAGGUCAAUGAGAUGCUCUCCUUGCAUCCUGACCUCCUUGCACCUUGGUGUCGAUGCAAAUCAAGGGCACUCUUGGGGCUCUCACCUUCCGCCACCUUUUGGCCGAUCUAAGGGGCCGGUUGGAAGACACCAACCGGAGGCUCGAGUCUCCCGAGGUCGAGCUUCGGGCUAAAGCUGCGGAGCUGGAAGCGGUUGUGGAGGCUCAGGCGGCGACCCAUGCUGAGGUCGAGGUCCUUCGAGGAGCCCUAAGGGUUUCUAUGGAGGACCGCGAAGCCAACACAUCUUUGUUGGCCAUUGAGUAGCAGGAGAAGGCCAACUUGGUGGCCCAUGUGGUUGAGGUGGAGGCAAGGGCCUCUAAAGGGAAAUGCUGUCUGGCCGAGGCGGGGGUUUGGGCAGUUGAGGCGGAGUCCAAACUGGCGGAAGUCGAGGCCACAAUUCCUGGGAGGGAGGCAGCUGCGGUGGAAGCCUUUAGAGCAUUCGAGAGGCAUAUCGCCGAGCUAGAGGAGACGUUUAGUGUUGGCUUCUAGCAUUGGCGAGAAGACGUCCAACGUCGGUACCUUGAGCUCGAUUUAGGGUGUCUUGACGAUGAUUCUGUUGUAGCCUCCGAGGCUGUUGCACCCGAGGCCGAGGAGCCUUUGUAGGCAUAGGCUCUAUUGUAAAUUUUCAUCUUCCUGACCAGCUCUGUUAUACCCCUCCUGAUUAAUGAAAGGAAAAUUUGUUAAGCUUUGUGUGUUAUUUUGAUGGUCGUGCAUGCUUACUUAGUAGAUGAGUUAGUUGGCUUAGUAGAUAAACUUAAUAAUUUAGUUGUUGGGCAUGUGGGUUUUGGUUGAACGAUUGUCGAGUGCACAAACUUAGUAAAAUCAUAAAAGACGUUCUCCUUAUUCAGGAAGGGAAUCUUUUACAUGUAGCAAUCAUUUGUUGGCAAGUGCCUUCCACCCAUUGUUUGAAUUAUCUUCGAUAUUAUCGGAAUAUCUUUGAUAUUAUCGUUAUCUCCAGCUCGGCGAUACCGAUAACACCGGUAGUAUUAGAAAUUCCAGGCAUCAACAAUGUAUCGCUAAGUAUCGCCAACGUAUUGAUAUCACCAAUAUUUUCAAUUAUGUAAAUUCUAGGCGUCGCUUGUAUUGCCAAUGUAUCGAUAUCGCCAAUCUAUAGGUAAUAUUUUUUUACUAUGUAAAUUCUAGGUGAUGCUUGUAUCACAAGUUUUUCGGCAAUAUUUCAAUAAUAUCGUCAAUGUAGAGUAUCAUGAAAAGUUUGUUUAUUUAAAAAAUUAUAUUUCAAAAUUUUUUAUGAGCACAUUGUUAUAUGCGGUUUUCAAUUUGUCGUUGCUAAUAUUAAUAAUAUCUCAAUAUUAUUGUUAUUGCAAAAUACGCAAUAUCAAGACCACAAUAUUUCGUUUCAUUUCCAAGUGUCAAUGAUUUCUGGGCAAAAUAUCUUGAGUUUUCGAUAUUUUGCAAUAUCAAUGGAUGUUUGGAUGGAAGGUUGCAUGGAUGAUUGGAUGGGAUGGUUAGAUUGUUUCUUACAGCCACAUAUGCUUUUAAGCCCCUAUUAAAUGGAAACUUAUUGUGUAUUCAUUCUUUUUGCAAAUUUUUUAUUCCUAAAUAUGCAAAUAUGUGUAUUUUAACAUCUCUUGAAGUUUCACUAAAAAUUCUACCAUUUUCCCCAUGUUUUCCCGCAUUUCUAGUUAUCGGCGAUAUUCUCGAUGAUAUCAAUAUUGUUUCUGUAUCCCCGACCAACAAAAUGUGUAGCGAUACCGAUACUUCGAACAUUGCUUCCACCUGAGGUGAGCAGUCGACACACUGUAGGUUUGCCUCUGGUUUCUCACUGGUAGUAGAUUUUCAGGUGCUCGACAUUCCAUGAAUGAGGUAAGGGUUAGCCCUGCAUGUCCUCUAGUCAAUAUGUCCCUCGGCGGACCAUACUAGCUACCCUAUAAGGUCCUUCCUAGGGCUCGCUCCUUGGUGCUAUGGAAGAUUUCUCAGAGUACCAAGUCUCUUGCUCGGAAUCUUCACACUUUAACCCUUGUGUUGUAAUGCCGAGCUGCCUUGUGUUGAUAGGCUGCGACCCUUAGUUGUGCCAUUUCCCUUAUUUCUUCAAUUAGAUUUAUGCUCAAUGUUAGCUGCGCAUCGUUUUCUUUUGUUCUGAACAACUCGGUUCGUCCCGAGGGUAUCCCAAUCUCCACCGGGACUACUGCUUCUGUGCCAAAAGCUAAGGAGAACGGAGUUUCCCCAAUUGUUGUAUGAGUCGUGGUCUGGUACACCUAUAAGACGUGUGACAACUCAUCGGCCCAGGAUCCCUUGGAUUUCUCGAGUUUGGUCUUCAAGUGGGUUUUUAUGAUCUUAUUUAUAACUUCUACUUGUAUGUUAGCCUGGGGGUGUCGAGGUGGAGAGAAGGCGUUGUGAAUGCCGAGCUUCUCACAUAGUCCUUGGAAACGAGUGUUGUCGAAUUGCUUGCCGUUGUAAAUAACGAUGGUGUUGGGGAUGUCGAACCUGCAAACGAUGUUCUUACAGACGAAGUCGGUCGUCUUUUGUUCAAUGAUCUUUGCUAAGGGCUCGGCUUCUGCCCAUUUGGUGAAAUAAUCGAUUGUAACAAUGGAAAAUCUAGUCUGUCCCUUAACCAUUGGCAGAGGGCCUAUGAUGUCAAUUCUCCACUGAGCGAAGGGCCAGGGCCUGCUCAUCGGGGUCAUUUGCUCGGAUGGUUGUCGUAACAUUGCAGUGAAGCGCUGACAUUUGUCGCAUUUCCUUGUAUCCUGCCUCACGUCUUCGUGGAUGGUGGGCCAACAGUACCCCUGCCAGAGCACCUUAUGGGCUAGGGCGCUUCCUCCCGAAUGGUUUCCGCAGAUCCUCUCUUGGACUUCCCUCAGUACAUAUUCGGCCUCACCAGGUUGCAAGCACCUCAAAUACGACAGUGAGAACCCUCUUUUGUACAGGAUGUCUCCCAAGAUCGUGCACCAAGCAGACCGAUAAUUUAUUUUUUGAGCUUCUAGCUUGUCCUCGAGUAGCUCGCCCUGUUGCAAAUAGCGUACGAUGGGGUCCAUCCAGCUCGGAGGUUGAUUUAUCAGGAGCACUUCUUUUUGAUCGGGCUGGUUGAUGCUUGGCUCGGGCAGGAAUUCGAUCGGCACGGUCCUAGUGAGGUUGUCGUCGACCGCCGAGGCUAAUUUAACCAGGGCGUCAGUUUUGGAAUUUUUCGACCCGGGGACUAGUAUGACCUCGUGCUUGCCAAAUUCUCUAAGUCUCGCACUUUAUGCAAAUAGGUAAUUAUUUUCUCUCCUCUGGCCUGGUAUUCUAUAGUGACUUAGUUCACCACCAACUGAGAGUCGCUGUGGAUUUUAUGUGCUCGGGCUCCCAUUGCUUUGGCUAGCCCGAGUCGGACGAGGAGUGCUUCAUAUUCUGCUUUAUUGUUGGAGGCUGGGAAAUCGUACCUUAGAGCGUACUCUAUAUUGGACUGAUUAGGUGAGACGAGGAUCAGUCCUGCUCCGCUUCCUCGGGAGUUUGAUGACCCAUCCACGUGGAGGGUCCACUCUUGCAAUCCGAUGUUCUGCUCGGCCUCUAUCUGCUACUGAGGAGCGAGGUAA